AUGGACAACUCAAGCAAGCCGGUAAAGAAGAACCCUCGCAAGGGAGCCUUCUGUCUGUCGCAGCUGCUCUUCGGCUGGUUACUACCACUAUUCUACCGAGGAUCCCGCCGAGGUCUCGGCAAGGAUGAUCUGACGAAAUGUCUGAAGGCGGAUCGAUCGGAGCAGCUCGGCGAUCGACUAGAGGAGCAGUGGGAAAAGGAACUGUCUCAGGCACGCAUCGCCAGCCGGCAGCCAAAACUUCGGAACGCUCUUUUCCACACGUUCUACAAGCAGUGCCUGUUCGAUGGGUUGCUCAUCUUCCUGUUCGUCCUUAUUAAAACGAUCCUGCCCGUGGUGCUGGCCCAGUUGUUGAUACAGUUCCAAGAACCAGGCGCCAACUCGACUCAUCUCGCCGUGCAGGUUUUUGAGGAUGUCGUCCCGAUCAGCACGCUGCCACCGGUGGCUAUGCCGCUAAUGAUGCCGGACACCACCGUGUCCCAGCUUGAAUCGCUGGUGUUCGAUCAAGAGGCUAUGAUCAAUCGUCGGCGAAAGAGGCGUAUUAUGCGCGACGAUUUGCCAUCGCUAACCAACAGCAUUUUAGGGAUGUCUGCAGAACUGCAAGAAGCCGAUUCGUCCGAAACGACCAUGCUGCCGGCGCUUCUGCCCGACGACGAUACAGAGGAUAGCACAAACCAGACGCUGAUCGACAACUUCGCAGCCUUUCUGGAGCACGCCUGGAACGAUGUGCUUUGGUUGUCGUGGUUGCUGGUGAUUCUGACGCUGUUGGGUUGCUUCUGUAGCCAUCAUUCCGACCUACGGCAGCGUUUGAUAGGGGCACGGAUGCGCAUAGCCUGCUGCUCCGUGAUCUACCGCAAGACGCUCCGCAUGUCGAAGAAAGCCGCCGGUCGAACACCGGCCGGCUACAUGAUUAACCUGCUCUCGAACGACGUAAGUCGGCUGGAUUAUGGAUUCAUCUACAGCCACUACGUUUGGGUGCUUCCGUUCCAGGCCUGCUUCACUUGCUAUCUGAUCUGGCGCCGCGUGCAAUGGGCUGCUCUCGUCGGAGUGGUUGGACUGCUGGUCAAAACCAUCCCAGUCCAGACAGGGCUGAGUCGGCUGAGUUCGAUCAUUCGGAUGCGGGUGGCGAAAAAGACCGAUCAGCGCGUCGGUAUCAUGAACGAGUUGAUCCAGGGCAUCCAGGUGAUCAAGAUGUAUGCCUGGGAGAAACCGUUCCACAAGGUGGUUUCGAUUGCGCGCAAGAAGGAGGUGCGCCAGAUACGGUGGGCUUCGUACAUCCGGGGGAUCUACCUCAGCACGAUGGUGUUUACGGAACGCUCGACCCUGUUCCUAGCGAUCGCCUGUUGCGUCAUCGAGGGGCGCUCCAUUACCGCCGACAUCGUGUUCCCGAUGGCACAGUUCUUCAAUGCGCUUCAGCUGACGGCAGCGAUCUUCUAUCCGAUGGCCGUGUCGCUCGGCGCUGAAGCGCUCGUGUCGAUCGAUCGCGUCCAGGAGUUUUUGGCACAGGAGGAACACGACCCGAAUGCACAAGCGGCCGCAUCCGGGUUGCACAGAAACGCACCGGAUGAUAUGGUCGACGACGGCAGCAGUAGGCCAGCGAUCGAGCUACAGAACGUAACUGCAAGCUGGGAGGAAACGACUGAAAAAACACUGAAAGACAUCAGCGUAAAGAUCGGUCCCGGGAAGCUUCUGGCAGUGAUCGGCCCGGUUGGGUCGGGGAAAAGCUCACUGUUGCAGUUGCUGUUGGGAGAGCUGCCCAUCCAGAAUGGCACCGCUACGAUUCACGGGGAUAUAUCGUACGGUUCGCAGGAACCGUGGCUCUUUACCGGUACCGUGAGGAAUAACAUUCUGUUCGGACUGCCGUACGAUCGGCAGCGUUAUCAGGCGGUGGUGCGACACUGUGCUCUGUCCACCGACUUUCAGCAACUUCCCGAUGGCGAUAAGACGGUGGUCGGUGAACGUGGUACCUCGCUGUCCGGUGGCCAGCGGGCACGGGUGAGCUUGGCGCGUGCUGUCUACAACAACGCGUCGAUCUAUCUUCUGGACGAUCCGCUCAGUGCGGUCGAUGCCCACGUCGGAAAGCAUCUGUUCGACGAGGUGAUCGGCCCACGGGGCUAUCUGGCACAAAAGCACCGUUCGACCCGUGUUCUCGUGACGCACCAAGUUCACUUCCUAAAGGAGGCCGAUUGGAUAGUGAUCGUCGAAGGAGGAAAGCUAGUCACGCAAGGAACGUACACGGAACUGGCCAACGGGAAAGUGGAUUUCGGGAAGUUACUGAACUGCGGGGAAAAGGACGCGAAAGAAAAAUCUAGUGGUGCGAGCGAGGUGGACGUGUUGGCAUCCGACAUUCCCGAAGACGAAAUACCGUUCAUCGACGGAGUGACCCUGGAUGGGUACAAGCUACUGAAGGGUAGUACGGUUUCAUUGCGGGGCGUUACACCCAGCUCUUGUGCGGUAAGUUCAAGUGUCGCGGAAAACCUUGGACGUCAGGUGGCGGAAGAUCAGGCCGAGGGAAGCAUUCCGUGGCGUAUCUGGACCACAUACUUCCUCUCGGGAGGAAACAUUCUGAUGCUGUUGUUCACUUUUAUCAUGCUGCUCCUAUCGCAAGCGAUCGUUAGUGGAUCGGAUUACUUCGUUACCUACUGGACACGUCAGGAAGAGAAACGGAUCGUGGAUGAGGAUGCCGUCCACACUUCGACGGUUGAUUUUCUGUACACGUACGGCGUGAUUAUCAUCGGUGUUGUCGUGUUCACGAUCUUCCGCGGGUACCUCUUCUUCAACAUCUGCAUGAAAGCGUCACGCAAUCUGCACGAUCGGAUGUUCGCCAAGAUGCUGACCGCCCCGAUGCGCUUCUUUGACAUCAAUCCAUCGGGCCGCAUUCUGAAUCGCUUCUCGAAGGACAUGGGCGCGAUCGAUGAACUACUACCGAAGGCAAUGAUCGAAGCCAUCCAGAUACUGCUGGUGAUGAUCGGUAUCCUCACGAUGAUUACGAUCGUCAAUCCGUUACUGUUGGUGCCCUUGUUCGGGGCGGUGGUCCUCUACGCAGUGGCCCUAAAGCUUUACCUUCGUCCGAUACAGGAUCUUAAGCGUCUCGAGGGUAUUACGCGAAGCCCGGUAUUUUCUCAUCUUUCCGCCACACUGUCGGGGCUUUCGACCAUCCGAGCGAGUAAUGCACAUGAAAAAAUUCGAGAGGAAUUCGACGAACUGCAGAACGUACACUCGGCCGUGUGGCAGUUAACGAUGGCCAGCAAUGCGGCGCUAGGUCUAUGGUUGGAUUGCAUCAGUACGGCGUUUGUGGCUUGCGUUACCUUCAGUUUCAUCGUGCUUCACCAAAAUACUUACAGUGCAAACGUUGGCUUGGCCAUCUCACAAGCCCUCAUCCUGACCGGUAUGGUGCAGUACGGUAUUCGGCAGACGACGGAAUCGAUCCAGCAGAUGACGGCCGUGGAGCGUGUCGUGCAGUACACGGAAAUUCCCUCGGAACAAAACCCCCCGAAGGUACCGCCGGGAGAUUGGCCGUGGAAGGGGCAGGUACAGUUUCACAAUAUGUCACUCUGUUACGAGCCAAACGCUCCGCCGGUACUCAAAAACCUGGAGCUCAUCAUCGAGCCCACGUGGAAAGUUGGCAUCGUUGGACGGACCGGUGCUGGCAAGUCGUCACUAAUCGGUGCACUGUUCCGGUUGGCACGCAUCGAGGGUCGCAUCAUGAUUGACGGCAUCGACACGGGUGUGAUCGCGUUGGAGGCGCUGCGCUCGAAAAUAUCGAUCAUCCCGCAGGAUCCCGUCCUGUUUAGUGCCACGAUUCGCUACAAUCUGGAUCCAUUCAGCCUGUACGACGACGAUAUGCUGUGGCGUGCGAUCGGUGAGGUCGAGCUGCGCUCGUCCAUCAACGGACUGGACUAUAUGGUGACGGAAGGUGGCACCAAUUUUAGCGUUGGCCAGCGGCAACUUAUCUGCCUGGCAAGAGCGAUUUUGCGGAACAACAAAAUCCUGGUGCUCGAUGAAGCGACGGCCAACGUUGAUCCACAGACUGACGCUUUGAUACAGAAAACGAUUCGGGAAAAGUUUAAACAUUGCACGGUGCUAACGGUGGCUCAUCGGCUCCACACGGUAAUGGACUCCGACCGGAUCCUCGUUAUGGAUGCAGGUGUAGCACGCGAGUUCAACACACCGCACGAAUUGCUGCAGCAGGCCGGCAGUAUCCUGAAGGACAUGGUGGAAGCGACCGGAGCUUCCGAAGCGGAAUCUCUGAGGCGCAUUGCCGCGGAAGCGUUCGCCCGGAUGGACCCCAAUCGGCACCUGAUGAACGGUAUGCCGAAUCCAUGGCGCUUCGGAAAGGAAGGGAACAAUUCGAACCAUGCCAUCGAAUAGGCUUUCCAAUAGUUCGAAAACACAUCACAAGCGCCAGUCUCUGUCAACGGGCCAUGCAGGGAAACUUACGAAAGUCAUACAAUCACCGCGGAUCACCAGUCGGCAUUAAGCUUUUGUGCCUCGUUUUGAAUCUACAACUUAGACUUAAGCUACUUUUUAAUGUUGGUACUUUAACAAACAUAUGCAGCAAAGGAUAUGUACUUUAAUUUUAUUGGGAUUACCGAGAAGCGCGUGGAACUGCCAGCGGUUUACAAGAAAUAAAAUGGACAACUUUUGUCUUUUAAAGUGGGCACUGUACCA